UGAACAUGGGACAUUGUUUUGCUUCUCCGCAAUGGGCCAUAGAAGAUUAAAAAUUUCGGUAAUAAUCAUUAAACUAAAAAUGGGAACUCCUGUAGUCGCGCCAGAAGCUGGGGACGCUUCAGCGAGUAUGUUGCCGUCGAGGAAGAGGCAUCCUGAAGUUUUGAACAUGAAAAACCAUGACAUGUAUUAUCAAAGGAUCUCGUCUCCUCGCUGUCCAUUGAUAAACCUUUCGAACGGUGCUUCGGUCAGCAUCCUUAAUGAGACCCUCUACAAUGAUGUGACCUUGAUCGAGAACGGCGUCCUCGAGAAGUUGAGCAAUCCUGCAAGUGUGUCAGGGGACAGCUAUGGAUUUCCUUAUUACAGGAGCGAUAGGAGGAACAGGCAAUGUCAGGAUGCAGUCCUAGUGAAAGACGUCGGAGUAUCUUGCACUAUUCUGCAACCAGAGAAUGAAAGUCUUUCGGGUUCACAUGUCAAGGGAAAGAUGAGUGUGGAGGCUUACCUGUCGAACGACUUUGAGAGGAACAAAAACUCUGGGACGGCAAAAAGUCCGAAACGGGAAAGCUUAGAGGGAUAUCUGCUGAACCAGUUGAAGAUGGAGUACAGUGACUUGUCCGCCAUUACCAGGAAAAUCAGCGCGUACACCAAGGAUAUCUUACAGAGUUUGUCGUCCAGUAGCAAGAGGAAAAUCUCAGCCGAGAGUACAGAUAGUUCGAAGGAACCGGUGGCGGAGCAAUAUACCGAUGAGUCGGGAAAUCCUUGCCUAAAAUUAAGAUUGAAGGAUUCAGCCUGCACACCGACGAGAAAAACUGUUUCCGAUAAUCUUUCUACGACUCCAUCCUCACGGUGCCACCAAUUAAAGAAACCUGCCUCGAAGGGAAUUCUUGAAGCUGUAGACGACCCGACACAUCAGACACCAGUUCAGCAAGAAAAAGAAGCGGAACAAAUUUUUCCGAAGAAUUCUGCACAAUUAGAUGUCGAGUCUUCGAUCUGCAGCAGUUCGUCGAUUUACAAUUAUUUAAUGAUGGGGAAGAAACGAUCUUCAAUGAAAAAACGGAGACAAUCGGCCCCGAAUUGCCUCAAUCUUAAAGAAAAGUCAAGUGAACGUCAUCCUAAAAAACAUAGUCUUGAUUAUGUCAACGACCGUGAGGCCUUUCGAGUAAACGACCUGACAUACUCCAAAACCGUCCAUUCUGCAAACAAGAAUUUCCAAGCUAUUCCAGACUUUCAAGCAGAAUACUUAUACGUGGAGCAAAAAAAGAACGUGUACCGAAACGGAAAAGAGCAUCAUCAAAGAAGGCAAAAUGAAGACAAGUUACAUUACUUCACGGAAAUUUCAAGGAAAUGCUCUCCCGCAAGUUUUCAUACCGUUAACAUCCGAAUUGUAAGACACAAACACAAGGAUCAGUAAACUGUCCUGUCACAAUAAAUAUAUAAAAUUA